AUGCGCCCCGUUCUCAUCUCCAUCUUCCUCGCGGCCACCGCCGUUCUGGCCCAGAACUGCGGUCCCAAGUACAAGAACAAGGUCUGCGCCGCUGGGAGCUGCUGCAGCCAGUAUGGAUGGUGCGACACCACCGCCGCCCAUUGCGACCCGGCCACGUGCAAGCCCGAAUUCUCGGGUCAGGGAUCUAGCUGCAAGGCGAAAACCAAUGGCGCCACGACUCUGGUGACCUCUUCCAGGACUCCAGUCACUGCGACUUCGUCAACCACUUCAGCCUCUGGGUCUCAGGCGACGUUCAUGAUGCAGGUCCCACACAUCGACGUCUGCGGCAAAGACUCGGACGGCAUCACCUGCCCCGGCGCCGGAACCAAUGGGUACUUUUACCGCUGCUGCAGCUCGGCGGGACACUGCGGCCCCAAGAACGACAUCCAGGACGAGGCUAUGUACUGCGGCACGGGCUGCCAGCCCGGCUUCGGAAACUGUCUGCUCGGCAUGGCCAAGCCGCCCCUGCCAGUCAGCGCUCCCGGAAUUGCGCAGGGCGGCGAGACCUGCGGUCCUAUCGUGAACAAGAAGUGUGCGACUGGGCUUUGCUGCAGCGGCAGCAACUUCUGCGGCACUGGCGAGGACUUUUGUGGUGCCGACAACUGGUGCCAGAAGAACUGGGGACACUGCAACUAA